AUGGAGGUUGUCAGCCUGGUACAACUGACUAAGCCAUCAGUGCCAGUGCCAAAGACUUGGAUUAUCACUUGCUUUUGUCUUCAACUACUCCUACUUAAUCCUCUUGUCAAAGCCCAGAGUUCCUGCGGGAAUCCAGUCACAGAUGAUGUGAAUGACAUUGCAAAAUUGGUUGGAAAUCUCCCAAAUGAUUAUCUGAUAACCCUUAAAUAUGUCCCGAAGAUGGAUAGUCUGCCUAAUCACUGUUGGUUGCAUUUGAUGGUGCCUGAGUUUUCAAGGAGUCUACAUAAUCUUCUCCAGAAAUUUUCAGAUAUUCCAGAUAUGUCGGAUGUUUUAAGCAACUAUUCAAUCAUCAACAAUCUCACAAGGAUAAUUAAUGAUCUUAUGGCAUGCCUUGCUUUUGAUAAAAACAAGGAUUUUGUAAAAGAAAAUGGUCACCUUUAUGAAGAAGGUCACUUCAUUCCUGAGGACUUUUUUAGGCACUUUAAUAGUACCAUUGAGGUCUACAAAGAGUCUGCAGACGGAUUGGAUAAGAAUGACUGCAUUCUGCCUUCAACAGUAGGAACACCGGAAAAUGAUUCCAGAGUCGCUGUCACAAAAACAUUUUUGUUUCCUCCUGUUGCUGCCAGCUCUCUUAGGAAUGACAGCAUUGGCAGUAGCACUAACAGUAACAAAGAAGCACUUGGCUUCAUUAGCAGCUCCAGCCUGCAAGGGAUCAGCAUAGCUCUGACAUCAUUGCUGUCUCUCCUUAUUGGCUUUAUUUUGGGAGCAAUAUACUGGAAGAAAAUACAUCCCAAAUCCAGACCAGAAAGUGAUGAAACUACACAGUGUCAUGACUAUCAAGAGGAAAAUGAGAUAAGUGUGUUGCAGCAAAAAGAAAAGGAACAUCUACAAGUGUAGCUGUUGCUUUUUCUCCCUCAACACUGUUACUGUUUCGUGUACUGGCAGGUAACAGUUCCAUGUUCGCUUCAUAAAUGAAGCAGCUUUAAGCACAUUCGUAUUCCUUCUGGAGUGACAGACUGAGUCUGCAUCUGUUGUUGCUGCCCAUGACUCCAUAGACAUGAUACAGAAAUGAGGACAAUUUGUGUUUGUUACUGUGAAACCAACACUGAAUUGAACGAUGACAAGAAGAGUGUGCACUUAGCAGGACUGUAUCUUAUGUGAAUAUCUACCUUGUGUGACAUUUGAGGUUUUAAAAUUGCAUUAAUACUUUCAGCUGACUCUGGCAAACAAACUAUGUCCUGAACAAAAAACGCAUCUUUCAAAUGCCUCCAACUGUGUGUAAUCAUUGCAAAUCAUAAAUACCUUUGCAUCCUUAAUUUAAACUCUGUGUCCUUUACCUUAAAUUGAUGUCUUCAGAUGAAGGUCUCUGAACUGACAGAAAAUGCAGAAAUGGAUACAGAUAACAUACUCUUCAAUAUUGUAUAUAAAACUUGAAAGCAAAGUCAUGCCAUGAGCUCUUGUUCUAGACUUAGACUUAUAAGGAGCUGUGUUCAUGCCUGUCAAAGGCUGUGUGUACAGCGACACGUGGUCUCUACCGGGUGCCAGGUGGCUGGUUGCCCACCCCAGAAAGCCUCAAGAAAUCUUCAGCGUUGGUGGUCUCUGUUCAGGAGAAGCAAAUACUGGAUGAAGACAAAGUAAAAAGGAGGUGAAUGUACUUCACGGAGCUUCGAAGAAUUAAGAGUAACUGCUGGGUAUGUGAACACUGGUGAAAUUUCCAGUCAUGAUAAGGCAAAGAGUCUGAAUUGCGUUCAAAUGUCACAAUAAAGACAAACCUGUAAAAUGCAUUUUAAAUUCUGAAGAUGCAUGCCAUUGAUACCUUGUCUUUAAAUGUAUAGCAUAGAAAAUCUGAAAGAUCCUGAGAGUGUAUUUAGCUUUUACUUACAUCAGCUGUAAUUAAUGCUUGCAUUGUGUUUUAAGUGAUUAGUAAGCUUUAAUAUCCUGGCAUUCUCCACUCUUGAAAGUUAAUUCUUUUGAAACAAAAGAGAAAGGCUUUGUUUCCCACCUGUCUUCUGCAUCUAUUACUGUUACAGUAUCCAUGGAAUAUGAACAGGACUGAUGUACAGAUGUGCAUUUUCAAGUAAAUCCUAAAAAUACCGUGGUAAAAGCUA